GGCAGUCAGGCGCGGCGGUCGCGAGCGGGCGGAGCUGCGGAAACCCGGGGUCCGCUGCGGACGACGGCGCGGGCCGGGCUGGCGGAGCGCUCUUCAUUAGCCGGUGAAGAAUGGGGGAGAUAGAAGGAACAUACAGAGUCUUGCAGACUCCAGGGACACGCUUGGGCGCCCAGACCCCAGGGGGAGUGAGCACCCUCGAGCCUGGGCAGACUGUCUUGGCACCAGCGGCACGGGCAUCAGCCAGAGCGCAGGAGAAGCACCUUCACAUCCGAGUGAAGCUGCUGGACAACACCGUGGAAAUAUUUGACAUUGAGCCUAAGCACAAUGGCCAGACGCUGCUGACUCAGGUGUGGAGGCGUUUGAACCUGACGGAGUGUGACUACUUCGGGCUGGAGUUUCAGCACCCCCGGGCCUACUGGAUUUGGCUCGAACCUAUGAAGCCCAUCAUUAGGCAAAUACGAAGGCCAAAGAACGCAUUGCUCCGUCUAGCAGUGAAAUUUUUCCCACCUGAUCCGGGUCAGUUGCAGGAAGAAUACACAAGGUACCUGUUCGCCUUGCAGCUGAAGAGAGACCUCCUGGAGGAGCGCCUGCCCUGCGCGGACACCACGGCCGCCCUUCUGGCAGCCCACCUCCUGCAGUCGGAAAUAGGAGAUUAUGAUGAAACCCUGGAUCGAGAGCACCUUAAAGUGAAUGAGUACCUGCCCAGUCAGGAACGUUCUCUUGAGAAGAUUCUAGAAUUCCAUCGGAAGCACACGGGCCAGACGCCUGCUGAGUCCGAUUUCCAGGUGCUCGAAAUUGCCCGAAAGUUGGAAAUGUAUGGCAUCCGAUUUCACGCCGCUUCUGACAGGGAGGGGGCCAGAAUCAACCUGGCCGUCUCCCACAUGGGUGUCCACGUGUUCCAGGGCACCACCAAGAUUAACACUUUCAACUGGUCCAGAGUACGAAAACUCAGCUUCAAGAGGAAAAGGUUUCUCAUCAAACUGCACCCAGAGGUCCAUGGACCUUACCAGGACACGCUAGAGUUCUUAUUGGGUAGCAGAGAUGGAUGCAAGAACUUCUGGAAGAUCUGUGUGGAAUAUCACACCUUCUUUCGACUCGUUGAUCAGCCUCAGCCCAGAGCUAAAGCUGCCCUCUUCAGCAGGGGCUCCUCCUUCAGAUACAGCGGAAGGACUCAGAAGCAGCUGGUGGAUUAUGUCCGAGACAGUGGGGUGAAGAGGGUUCCCUACGAGAGGAGACACAGCAAGACCCGGACGGCUGUUCAUGCUCUGACUGCAGACUUGCCGAGGCAGAGCGUCCCCUUCACCGAGGGCCUGAGGACCUCUGCGCCCCCGACUUCCGCAGACGCCCCCUUCUGUUCUGUCCCUACCUCCCCUCUGGCCCUGCGGGGCCUGCCUGAUUUCAGAGACAGCACUGGCUCCCUCACCGAGCCCCGGACUCCCGACGCCAGGAGGCCAGCCGCAGCCGACGGUGACACCAGAGGGGCCCCGGCCCCCGGGCCCCCUGCGCCGCAGCCUUGUCAAGGUGUUGGGUUUUGUCACGUUGUGAGGAGCUGCAGCCCCAGCCGUCCCGUGGGUCAGAGUCACGACGCCGCCACAGGCCCAGAUGCAGGGGGCGCUGGCAGGGAGCGCAGAGCUGCUGGCCUUUCCGUGGACAGUCCUCAGCCUUCUCCCUCCACCCGGAAGAGCCCACUGAGCCUGAGCCCUGCGUCUCAGGUGACUCUGGGCCCAGCUGAACAGGGCUUGUCCCCCCUCCUGAGCCCUGUCCUUAGCGACGCUGGCGGAGCCAGGAUGGACGGCGAGGAGGAGCCAAAACACAAGAGCACGGCCGCAGACGAGGCCUAUUUCAUAGCAAAGGAGAUUCUCGCUACAGAACGAACGUACCUGAAGGAUUUAGAAGUUCUCACUGUGUGGUUCCGCAGUGCUGUGGUCAAGGAGGACGCCAUGCCUGCAGACCUGAUGACCCUGCUCUUCUCCAACAUAGACCCCAUCUACGAGUUCCACAGAGGCUUCCUGCGCGAGGUGGAGCAGAGGCUGGCGCUCUGGGAAGGGUCUUCCAGUGCCCAUUCCUCAGGCGACCAUCAACGGAUCGGUGACAUCCUGCUCAGGAACAUGCAUCAGCUAAAGGAGUUCACCGGCUACUUCCAAAGGCACGACGAAGUCCUGACAGAACUGGAAAAGGCCACUAAACGCUUUAAGAAGCUAGAGGCGGUAUACAAAGAGUUCGAGCUCCAGAAAGUCUGCUACUUGCCUCUUAACACGUUCCUGCUGAAGCCCAUCCAGCGGCUGGUGCACUACCGCCUGCUGCUGAGCCGGCUGUGUGGGCACUACGCGCCUGGGCACCGUGACUACGCCGACUGCCGAGAUGCCCUCCAGGCCAUCACAGAAGUGACCUCCACACUCCAGCACAGCCUUGCCCGGCUGGAAAACCUCCAGAAACUGACAGAGCUGCAGCGGGACUUGGUCGGCAUCGAGAAUCUCAUCACUCCCGGCAGGGAGUUUAUCCGCGAGGGCUGCCUUCACAAGCUCACCAAGAAGGGCCUGCAGCAGAGAAUGUUCUUUCUGUUCUCAGAUGUGCUGCUCUACACGAGCAGAGGCGCCGCGGGCAGCAGCCACUUCCGGAUCCGGGGCCUCCUCCCGCUCCGCGGCAUGCUGCUAAUAGUGCUGGACCCACCGGUGGAAGAGGGCGAGGGUGAGCGGUCUGUCCCACACUGUUUCACCAUCUGUGCGGCUCAGAAGACAGUCGUGGUGGCAGCCAGCACCCGCCUGGAAAAGGAGAAGUGGAUAUGUGACCUGAACACAGCCAUCGACAUGGCCAAGAGCGUGGGUGACCCGUCCCUGGCGCUGCCGGGCAGCAUGCUCUGCCCUCCUCCCCACAGGUCCUCGGAGGUGUCUCUGGAACAAGAGCCCGAAGACGCUCGCGGCAGCCACGGGUCCCUGGAGGGGCAGGGCCAGCCCCGGGCCAACACCACAGUGCACGUGUGCUGGUACCGGAACACCAGCGUCUCCAGGGCUGACCACAGCGCGGCCGUCGAGAACCAGCUCUCAGGGUAUUUGCUGAGGAAAUUCAAAAACAGUAACGGCUGGCAGAAGCUCUGGGUCGUUUUUACCAAUUUCUGUUUGUUCUUCUACAAAACUCAUCAGGACGACUACCCCCUGGCCAGCCUCCCGCUGCUGGGCUACAGCGUGGGCGUCCCCCAGGAGGCCGACGGCGUCCACAAGGAGCACGUCUUCAAGCUCCAGUUCAAGUCCCACGUCUACUUCUUCCGGGCUGAGAGCAAGUACACCUUCGAGAGGUGGAUGGAGGUGAUCGACAGAGCCAGCAGCUCGCCCCGGAGGGCCAGGCGGCCCGGGGACGAGGCGUGAGGCCCGCGCUGCCCGAGGAGGAGCAGUGCCCCGCGGGGGCCCGACCCAGGGCUGGAACCAGGGUGGCCCUGCAGCUGCGCACCAGGGGACACGUGUCCGCACAAGUGCAGCAAGCGCUGCGGUGCCCGCCCCGCCCACCUCUGGAGGAGUGGACACCGAAGCUCCCGCCUGGCCUCCCGGGCAAGGGCCUCGGGUUUCUCGGUUCCCCGGGGCGUCCUCACAAAUCCAAGUAAGCGGACACGGGCUGGCCGUCCAU